AACCAGCUCGAGAGUCAUCCAUUGGGGUUGAUGUGGGAUCCCAGUUGUUCCCUUGAACCGGUCUGACAUGAAUCCAGCUUUGACCAAGAACCAACCUCAGUAUUCUUCUACCAAUCAUCUGGGAUGAAGAGGACCACUUCAACGACAAGAUGUUAUGGCGACCGCUUGAGUUGAUCCUAGAGUCGUGGCUAACCGUGAUCCGCAAAGACAAAAUCAUAGCUCUACCGGAACAACAUUACGCGACACAGGCCGAAUCGCCUCCCACUCAAUAUCCUUGGAUCGAAGAUCCGUACAGCGAGACAAUUCUGGAUGAGACAAUCGAUGCAUUCACCUGCCUCGUUCAAGCCAUCGAAGACCGCAUACCCAAUGAACCGACCACAGCUGAUAAAGAACUAACUGUAGGUUUGGUCGACGAAGACGUGCUAAGAGCCAUGCAUUUACCCCACGGCUUCGCAUACACGUUCCUCCUGCGCGCCCGCCGUCCCCGCUUCCAAUCCAUAGCACCUGGUCUCUCUGUCCCCACAUCCUCGGCUUUCGCCACCCAACCCUUCUGGUCUCAUCUCGACGAUCUAGGUCCUCAUGAAAGGUUUCCACCAAUCCUCCUCUUUCUCUCCUCGCAUAUCUACACCACGCGAAAACCUCUCACAAACCCGCAACCCAUCGGACGCUCAGCCACGCUCUCUGCCUACACAGCCAGUAUAUUUAGCGCCCUCAAAACAAGCUGCCACAUAUAUUCGCACGCGCCAACUCUGUAUGCCGCUUUCCGUGGCAUCUCGAACUACUACAACAGAGCUGUUGAAAUCGCCAAGCAUGACCCCGAGUGUCCGUUUGGCCCGCCCUUCUCCAAAACGCACUCCUACGCCUCCGGUCUGUACCUCUCCGCAUUGCGCAACACGGAAGACGAGAUCACACUCCUCCUUCCAUUGCACGUCAGAAGUGAUGGAUUUGCACGGAGGAGCGAUGGUGAGAGGGUGAAGAUGGAGAGUGGUGUAUAUGGAAUGGGUUUCACGCCUUUUAGAGGGUGGGCGGAACCAACGUUGUUGGAUGUGCUGACGCACUGGCUGGGCAUGGUGGAAAAUGAAGCUUGGAAUGUCAACGAGCAAGGGGUUGUGGGUGGAAUUGAGAUGUGGAAGGAGGGGGAUGAGGAGGGGACGUGGGAGAAACAUACACUGCCAAUGGCUGAGUACUAGGUAACGCACGUCUCACAUAGUCAUAGUCAUGGGCAUGCAGCUGACAUAGACACCUAAUCUGCCCAUCAACCUCCCUGAUUCUCUACUCCGGCGAUUCAAUGAGAGAGACUAGAUGAACGUCUGCAGCCCUGAACACGCUCCCGACUGGAGCACUUCGUACCCCGGCACCCUCCCACUCUCGAACGGCGCAAGAAGUCCCACCGUCUCGUGGUCGCUCGGAUACGUGGUUAUAUGCCCCGAGCCUGUAGUAUCCGCCGCAAACAGCAGACCUCCGGCUCCGCCUACGAGCCACAGAUCCUGACUUGGAUCAUCUGGUAAGGUGAUGUGGGCUAGUCCGGAGAGAAAGUGCACGAGCUGCGGGACAGGUGCGGUAUGCAGGCCACCGUUGAAGCGGGGUGGCAGAACCGUGUAAGCUGUUACAUC